GAGCUUUACACAAUAACAACAUGUUCUGCAAUGUCACGGCCAUUCUGCUGUAUAGAGAUUGUGUGUUCCGGGUCUGUUUGUGGCAUGGGGCUGCCUGCUGCCUGUCUCGCCUCAGCCAUGUACUAUGACGAAGGACUGAUCUGAAUCGACCUGCAUGUCUCAUGUAAAAUGAACUGAAAGCCAAAACAGGCAUUUCUGGGGGUGUUUUCAACCAUAUGUGUGAUGUAUGAUAACCACUGCUGAUAGAAGCAACCCCUACCGUUAUUAUGAGUGAUGCAGUAUUAAUUGAAUGAAUAGUGAAUUCAGCCUCUGCGUGUGAAGGGGCACAGCUGAAAGAUGUUCCGCCUGGUGGAGCCAGUGGUCGCACUUUACUGCUUUGCGAGCUUUUUCACUUUCCCUUUGAUGCAGCAGUAUGUGUAUGCCAGGCUGUUGAAUGAGGGGUCCAGCGACAGUUUUGUCAAUGGCAACAACACAUCCCACUGUGAAACAAACCAAAGUGAUCCCUCGUAUAUUCAUCAGAAGGAGGUCCAGAAACGAGCAUCUCUCUUUUCCUCAACGCUGGAUUUAAGUUCGCUCUUUCCAAGUCUUGUGAUGGCUUUAAUCCUUGUGUCAUAUGGAGAUCGGCACGGACGCAAAGCAUCAAUUUUACUGCCCUGCUUGGGUGGCCUAUUAAGUGUUUGUAUUUAUUGUGCAAUUGCAUUUUUUACUUUGCCCCUUGCAGUUUUAUACCUCUCCUAUGUAAUCAGUGGAUUUAUGGGAGGCUUUGCCACAUUCAUAGGGGGUUGUUUUUCCUACGUAGCAGAUCUGUCUGAGGAUGCUCAACAGAAGAACAUACGAAUAGCGUUUGUGGAUAUGGUCCUGGGAGUUUCCAGUGGACUUGCUGGCAUUGCCUCGGGGUAUUUAAUACAAGAAUUAGGCUUUAAGUGGGCCUUUUUAAUCCCGGGACUUUUACACAUCAUUAACAUUUUUUAUAUUUAUUUUUUCCUGGAAGAAACAGUACAGAGAUCUGAAUUCCAGCAGCCGGUGCUGAGUAAAGAAGGAUUUACAGAACUCUUUACUGGCGUCUACCUACUCUUUAGAAAUGCAUCUUGCAAGAAACGCUUGGUGCUGACUCUCUUGCUGCUUGCUUUCAUGUUGUAUUUACUGGCAAAUUUUGGAGCAGUCGGUCUGUUUACAUUGUAUGAACUGGACGCCCCUCUGUGCUGGGAUUCUGUACUUGUGGGAUGGGGUUCGGCCUUCUCUACAUUUUGUUUUGUGGGCAGCUUUGUUGGAGUCUAUUUAUUUUCUCGCUGCCUGAAAGAUGCCUACAUUGUCUUCAUUGGAAUGACGUCGUGGAUUGGAGGGGUCAUUUUAGUCGCAUUUUCAACCACAACGAUCGCCAUGAUGCUAGCAAGAAUUCCUCUCCUGUUUGCGGCUAUGCCUCUUCCUGUUCUGCGCUCUAUAAUGUCCAAAGUGGUUCUGGAAAAUGAACAAGGGGCGCUGUUUGCUUGCAUUGCCUGUCUGGAGAGCAUAACUGGAGUUUUCACUAUUACUAUGUUCAGUGCAGUCUAUGCAGCCACAGUCAUGUGGUUUCCUGGAUUUAGCUUCUUGUUAUCAGCUGGACUUUGCCUUUUGCCAUUUGGAAUUAUGGGGAUUUUGCUGCUCAUUGACUAUCAAGAAAGUGAUCAUGUUCUGCUAGUGAAUGAUACCAGCACUGAAGAUGGAUCCUGAUAGGCUGAUUUACUGUGCAGGAUAUAUACAUCAGGAGAACAUUUGUUUGAUGUAGUAAACACUGCAGCGGUCUAGUUUCCCACACCAGUCAAUGAGCAUCUGUUAUGGGUGAAUAUUACCUUGCCAGAUUUUCCAUAUUCACAUCCAAAGUGCACAAACAGAUAUUGUCCUGUAUCACGAUCAGUGCAGUUUUCUGUACUUAAUUAUCCGCUACCUCUGUAUGAACAUUUCAUUCUAACAUUUAUUGGAUGUAGGGGAAACCUUUUACUUUACACAUCCCCUUUCAUGGUAGAAGAAUGUGGGUGUAAAGGAAACCGUUUCCAAGCCUUAAAGGGAAAAUAUUUAUGACAGAGUUUCAUCACACUUAUUUUCAUUAGCAUCAAAUCCUAAAUUCAUAAACAUAUGAAUAUAGAAUUGUGUUCAGACACCCUUCUUAUCUAAAAAAUAAAAUAGAGGCUUCUUCCACCACAUUCACAUGAAAUAUCCAUAUAAACCUAGGCAACAGCGCCCCCCCCCAGUGGUCAUUUUAUCAUUAAAGAUGAUAAAAUACAUGUCAAUAUGCCGUGACAUGUACUAUUCUAUUAGUGCCUUUAAGCAUGUCUUAUGAUGAUUUCUUGGACAAGUGUAUAGUAUAUACAGUUUAUAUUUGUGAGUAUAUAUAUAUGUGUGAUACAUGUGUACUGGUUUAUGUCUGGAGGGUUUGAACUUGAUGGACUUUUGUCUUUUUUCAAUCCAAAUGAUCUAUGUUACUAUGUAUCUGUUUAACACUGUGUCCCUGACCUUAUGAAUCCCAUGAAAUGUUGAUGUUAUGAUCGGGGUCAAGCUACUGGGGUUUAUUCUGAUGCUAUGGGGUUUCCCCACCAGGUUGGGCUGUUGUUACUUGAUGGGCUGUUGUUGGCCAUGAUGUUAUGAUCGGGGUGCUUUUGCCAGAUGAAGGUUGGAACUCUGGGGAGAUAGUCCCCAUAGAGGACAUGUAAUAGGGCAGCUGUAGGAGAGCAUGUUAAGCUGUUUUUACAGUAUCAGGGGCCAUUCUGUGGGAUUCAUAGGGUCAGGGACACUGUUAAGGUGGCCAUACACGGGCAGAUAAUGCUGCCGAUAUCGGUCGUUUAGACCAAUUUAACAGCUUAUCUGCCCGUGUAUGGAGGCUUCCAACGGGUCUUUCCGAUCUAUAUCUGGACAUGAUAUCGAUCGGGAAGGUUCUCCCGACCAACCCAUCCGAGCCCAUUGCGCUCAUCGUAAUCCGAUCGUUCGGCCAUAGGGCCGAACGUUCAGAUUACCGCCGAUAUAGCCCUACUGUUAGUGGCAUAUCGGGGAAAAGAUCUGCUCGUUUGGCAAUGUCGCCAAACGAGCGGAUCUUAUAGUGUAUGGUCACUUUAAGGCAGUAGAGCAGCAGGGCGUUACCUCCUUAGGCAUCAGAAGGCCUGGAUUGCCCCUGCCUAGGAGUGAGUGCAGAUGGCUCCCACAAACCCCAAAACCAUGUAUGUAGUAUAUGUGGAGGCAUUCUGCAUAUAUUUAUUUGUAUUAAUAUUCUGUACAGCAAUAAACUCUGUCCUCUUCACUGUCUGUUAGGAAGGUGCCCAGAUCCCUUGAAUCAGCUGCUGACCUGCCCUGAUUCCAUUAUCUUAAGGGGACAUGACACCGACCUUUCAACAGGAGUUCAAUAAAUAAGGUGUUUGCCAAACAGACUUUUUGCCUGUUGUUUUAAUUACAAAAUAUCUAUAGUUUUUGUUAAAUCUUGCACUUAAGAGGCCAAGUAAAGUCCCAUUUCCCCCCUCCCCCCCCAGCAGAGCGUCUGGAAUAAAGAGCACCUCGUUA